GUCAUGUCAUGUCUAUUUGUUUAUGUCUCCAAGAUUGGUCUUCCGUGCAAGUUGAGAUUAUAUAACUUUAUAGAUUUAUCUUCGUUUGGGACCCGAUAAUUUGUUCCAGCUUCUAGGAAGCUAUAUUGAUGUCAAUGGUUAGCUGUUUAAAUCUGUUCUAUCGCGCUAGUUAUGACAACUUGUAGGAUUCUUUAUUAUAUCAAAAAGUUUUGUAGCUGUUGUGUUGUGUGUUGAUUUCAUUAAGUUCAACCUAGGGAGUAACUUUAUAGAGAACAAUCUUUGUUUCCGGUCUAUAUGUCUCAGUGGAUCAUGUUCAUUGAACCUCUGCGCCUAUGAACCUUUAUGAGAAAGGUUCAGUUUCAUAUGACGCAUGCUUGGUGCUUUGGGUUUUUUUAGACAGAAUAUGUAGGAAAAGAGAGACUAGUAGUAAACCAAAGCAACAUAUCCGAGAAAGAUAAGCAAUGUUAUUAACUCUUGUACAAUUCCUUGGUGAUGCAACUUUGGUAGGAAGUGGACCACCAUGCCUAUAAAUCAGGAAGGAGGGAAGUAUGUAGAUUAUAGAAUUGGCUGGUUUUGAUUACAGUACAGAAUCCAAUGCACAAUCAUUUUUUCUUGUGGGAUAAGUAUGCACUUUUUUCUUAAAAUACUGUUGAAGUAAAUCAAUGACCAAGUGAAGUGUAUCAGAUGCUGUAGAUGUAUUAGAACAGAAGCAACUUGAUGUGUGUCGUUUCCUUUGUAAUUUGUGAUGCAUGAUUUCUGCAAAGGGAUUGUGUUACGGAACAUUGUUUUCAUGUGAUUUGAGUGAAGUUCAUGGACGUACGUUCGGAGUAUGGACACUCUUGACAUGCACUCUCUGCUUUCUUUGUGCAUUCAACCCCGAAAAUAAACCGUUAUACUUGGCUACCUUUCUCUCAUUCAUCUACGCCUUAGGCCAUUUCCUGACUGAGUACCUCUUCUACCAUACAAUGACCGUCGCCAAUCUCUCAACCGUGGCCUUCUUCGCAGGCACGUCGAUUGUGUGGAUGCUCUGGGAGUGGAAUUCCCUUGAACAACCGCACUCCAAACUUUCUUGACUUUUUUUUUUCUUUUCAAGAAGACAUGUAACUGGGUCUUUCUUCUUUGAAACUUUUUUAAGAGUUGGAAUCAUCUCCGGCUUUUUGCUCGGAUUCCUAGAGCUGUUGUGAUCUAUAUAUUUCAUCUUCCUAUCUUUGAUAGUCUCAAGGAGACUUGUAGGACUUGUUAUCUUCUAAUAAACCUGACUCAAAUUUUUCAAUCAUGUAUUGUAUGACAUCUGCUACAGCUGAAUUGACUUUUUUUUUUUUC